UACGGAAGCUUUGCUGUAGGCACUGAAAGGGGGAGGGAGAGGAAGAGAAAGUUUUACACGUCUCUGUGUUUCCUGGACCUUCAGUUCUGUUCACAUGGUUUCCCAAACCGUCUCCUUUUCCCUUUCUGAGAUUCUGUUUGGAGGCUUUUUCUGCAAUGGACAAAAUGGCUGUCUCUCUUCUGACUCUGUUCCUCAUAGCUGUCGUGACAAGGACAGACGUUUCUCCGGUGAUGAGUACGACUUCAAACCUGACCACAGACGCAGCAUUAUCCUCCACUUCCUCACCUACAUCUCAUCCUGUGAUCAACACUACUUGCCCUGUUCUGCAGUGCCAAGCUGGCCCUGAGCAUAAACAGCUGGCAGUAUUCAAGGUCUUCACAGUGCUGCUCUGCGCCCUGCUGCUCCUGGCCUUUGGACCCAGGGCCUACAAGGCCGUCCUGAAGAGAAUCUCCGACCGCAGGAAAGACAGAUGGAUUGGACCCAUGCAGAGUCAAAGCGACACCAUGGAAUAGUUACCCCAUGUCUCUCCAUCUGUCUUUCAUGCUAUCUCUUGUCAUUCUUUCCACACCUCUCACUCUCUCGUUCUUUGUCCUUCUCAGUGUCUUUUCACAGAGCGCAGGCUGCAGUGCAUCCCAGUGACAAUGCACAGCAGCGGCACUCAUGCCUCGGUGAGACUUACAAAAACGCAUAAUGUGGCUACAGGCAUCCAUGGUGCAACCCUCUGAACCUGGCUGAUUACCAGUUGCUCUGUCAUAAAUAUACAGAAGUUAAGACUUGUGUAUGAUACCACUUGUUUCAAUCCCCUGAUGAAAUCCCUGUUUUGUGUUCUGUUCUGUGUUGGGUCUGGAUUUCCUUUUUAAUUUUCAGGAUUUGAACAUUUGAAAAUGAAUAAUAGUCCUUCCUCAAAGCAAAAUAGCAACUGUACCUCAUGCAACUAAAUCCUGGUCUUUAUCACUUUCUUCUUUGGUGCAACAUCCAUGUCAUUCUUAAUGGUUAUUUAAUGCUUCAGGGCAUAUUGUGUAUUAUACUUUGUAUUGUGUUCUGUGAUUUUUCUGUAAUGCUGUUUCUCUUUCAAUAAAUCUUUGAUUGGAAUAGAA